AACUGUUUCAUGCAUAAGAUAUCAAUCAAGCCGCAUGUUUUCUUAGCCUUGCGCGUCAAGCGGUCAAUCAAUCCCUAAAGCAUUUGUCCACCAACGACUUUAGCUCGUGCACUCGUUAUACACAAUCAAACAAUACCUUUCACUUUUAUAUGUUUGAUCACGUGGAAUACAAUCUCACAUCUCAAUUUGAUCCAUAUCAUGUCUGGACAUGACUGCAAACCUUCCAUAUCUGCCCCAUCUUGGCUCCAUUUACCCUAGGAACUCUAGCAGACCAGCACCAAGCAUUGGGAUAGGUAUGGCAACAACCACUGCCAUUGCGAUUCUGUUGGGUGCUGGUGCCCUCUAUGCGACACGCUCAUACUUCUCUGCGAAACCAGUCCCCAGUGAAGACACAACAAGCCUCGAUGAGAACGACCAUCCUCUGCUCAAGGAUUACACCUCAACGCGCUCCUACACCACUCCACGAGCUGAAUAUGAUUUUAUAAGGACAUUUUACCAUCCUCACGCUCAUGCAGAGAAACUCCAAGCCAUAGCAGACCUACCUCUGCUGGUUUUCAUCCACGGUCUAGGCGGAUCUCUACCUCAAUUUGCACCAUUAAUGGGCAGUCUCGUCAACAUAGGACCAUGUUUCGGCAUAGAAUUACCCGGUCAUGGCAUGUCCGGCUUCUCACCAAAACACUACGACGCUUACACUUUCGGAGCAUUUGUCUCACUAUGGCGAACAGCCAUUCAAGAUAUAUGUCGAGAGAAAGGCCACAAGAAAGUCGUCUUCGUGGCACAUAGCAUGGGAUGUUCUAUCGCCGCAGGUCUCGCGACUGAUUCCUCCCUGUCCAUUUUGGUAGAAGGAAUCGUCGCACUAUGUCCCAAGGCGUCGCCACCAACAGAAGCAGAAACAAAAUCCGCCAGAAGGUUUCUAUCCCUUCCAGACACAGUCCUCGAUCUCUUCCGACUGCUCGACCGAAGAGGUGGUGUGCGAUCCAGAAGCGUUGAGAGAAUGGCCGGCAAGACCGCCGGCGUCGAUCUGCGCCGUCUCCAACUUGCCUUCAACAGGAAUUUCAAAACACCCGUCUGGAAACGCUUCGCACUCGGCUGUUUACCAUACUACGACGCCUCACACGAACCGACAGGCGGCCUACCCGGUAAAGAAACGUGGUCCAAAAUCCAGGUCCCACUAUUCCUCAUCGCAGGCGAAGCCGACACCGUCACCAAACCAACCGAAGUCAAGAGAAUCGUCUCAUUCCUGCAAAAGCCAUCAUCUCCUGAUCCGCCCACAACAAGCCAACCUCUCCCAAUGGCCACCGACAACACAAGCGCGACAUCAAACGACCACAAACCCGAAGCAGACGACCACAAAUUCGGCACCCUCCCCUCCACCAGCGAAAUGUCCAGCCACAACAGCACCAUCCUGAAAACCGCCAUCCUCCCUUCCCCAGCCGCUCACGCCUUGAUGUACGACCACUCCACCUACCGCACCGUCGCAGGUCUGAUCGAAGAUUUCCUGUCUCGCUACGUAUCUCCCCAACUAAGUCUAGGCUGGCAACUCCAACAACUCACCACCAGCGGCAAAUGGGACGUCAAGAAUCUCGAGAAAUGGAAGAGAGUCCUCCCCGUCUCCGGGCCCAUCGGUCCCAACGGUCUAUUCCGCGCGCUCAAGACACUCCGCGAACAAGACGAGAUUCACACUCCCGCCGUCUUUCUGAAGAAUUGGCGCGACAAGAUCUUCGCAGUGAUCGACAUUAGCCACGACAGUCCCGUGUACGACACCAAGGCCCUCGAGCGCGGGGGCAUAGAGUACCACAAAUUUCCGACCGUGAGUAAAGUACCGCCUACACCCGUCGAAGUCGCGGAUUUUAUUGCGCUGGUCGAUCGGCUUAGGAGCGAGUCCGGACAUGAUCAUAAGGCGAUCGGCGUGCACUGUCACUACGGGUACAAUCGGACGGGAUUCUUCAUUGCGUGUUAUCUGAUUGAACAUGAAGGGUACAGGCCGCAGGAUGCAUUGGACGAGUUUGCGCGCGCGAAACCGCCUGGCGUUAAACAUGAUCAUUUUAUUGAUACUUUGUUCAUGAGAUACCAUGUUGGCUUGAGAAGGGCAUCUACAAUAAAGUCGAAAUAGAAGACGAGAAGACAGCAA